GAAGACCACAGUGUGGGUCUGUCGGUCGAUGGAGAGCGAUUUGCACAAUAUUUUAUUGAACGCUCAUGCCGAGUUUAACAGAAGUCAUUUUAAUGAGGCAGAGCAUUUAUACACCAAGUUCAUCACAUCUUGCUCACAAACAAGAAAAUGUGACGCAGAUGACCUUGCUGUUGCCUUUAACAACCGAGGACAAAUAAAAUACUUCAGGGUUGAUUUCUACGAAGCAAUGGAGGACUACACCCAAGCGAUUAAAGCGAACGGCAGCUUCGCCGUGCCGCUUUACAAUAGAGGACUCAUACGCUACAGGCUGGGGUUCUUCCAAGAGGCAGAGCAAGACUUCCGCACAGCCCUGGAUCUGAACCCUCAUUUCGAAGAUGCCAAACUCAGUUUGAAACAGACCAUCGCUGACAGAGAGCAGAGGAGUAGUAGAGGAUAUUGAAAUGUAAAGAAUAGUUGUCUGUGCAUGUGAGUGUGUGUGUAUGUGG